AUCUCCUUGCUGGAACUCGUGUUGGAAUUGGUGAAAAUCUAUUUAGGUGUUGGCCCGCAAUGGUGGAUAGCAGAUGAUUGAGAUGAUAACGUCUGCGGGUUACAAUCUGUACCUGUUCCAUCGAGCUAUAAUGAGCAGUGGUUCAGCUCUGAACCCGUGGGCUCUGGCAAAAGCAGUUCCUAUCAAGACACAACAGAUAGCAGCCUCUCUCAACUGCACAACUCAACACUCCUACGAAAUGGUACAGUGUCUCAGAACCAAGAAAGCUGAUGAUAUUGUUGCGCAAGUUACCCAGUUCUUGAUCAAAUACUGGUACACCAAAAUAGUAAGAUAUGCAUUACACUGUCCGUACUAUAGUAUUCAUGAUAGUCCAGUCAACCGUUCCUUGACUGGUAGAGGAGAAUAUUAAUUUGAAUUAGUAACUAGAAUUUAACUAGAAUCAUUAAUAAUAUAGUCCGAAUGUAUUCAAUUGUUGGACACACAAAGGUCAUUAAAUUAUCUUUCAAGUGACAUACCUUUAAGAGCGUAUAUCUCGGUAAGUAUGUGAGAUCUGAAUAAUGCCCGGUUCCUCAGUUGUUCCAUAAACUAUUUAUCCAUUCAAUAACUUUAUUGAU